AUGGCUGAAAAUGUAGAUAAUAGUGACACCUAUUAUACGAUUGAUAUUGUUGAGUUGGCAUUCAUCGACGUAUUCACAUACUUGUUGUUUGGAUACUCAACCUUAGGAGCGAUCAUACUUCUAAAAGCAUGGCACCACCACCUCAAAACCAUCUAUCACUCGACGAUAUCACCUGAUGAAAACAAAGACAAGACGGUCAUUGCAAGAUUCAAAGAAUGUCCAACAAUAUUUUAUCCAGUCCCUUCAUUUGUUACAAUGGUAAAUUCACUCUUUUUCAAAAUACUCAACUAA